GCAACGAUACAGCAUCAGCGAAUAGCACAGAGCAAACGGCGUGCGGUAGAAGUCAUACUUAGUGGUGCACAUUACGGUUGAAAAGCUCAGUUUGUGAAUGGGUUUCGUGGGAAGCGGAUGCCAGAAGUGGUGUUAAAGUGUCCAUAGUUUUCUGUAUAAGACAUAGUAAAAGAUUUCAGUGCAAGCAAAUAAAACAGCGGCAACGGAGAUAAAUUGCAGCUGCAAGAAUUGGUUUUGAAUAUUUUGAGUAGCACAGCGGCAUUGAAAAACCUUCAAAAGAACAAACAAAUUAUUUAGACAGACUCAGCAAAUUUUGUACCCAUACAGACAGAUUUUUCUAAAUUAAAAUGGCAGAGUUAAAUGCUACACAAACCGAUUACUGGAACUUCCUCUUCACAGAACUGGCCGAUGAACGUACAAAUGAUUGGUUCUUAAUUAAAUCACCCGUGCCGAUACUGACCAUAAUUAUUUGCUAUUUAUACUUUGUGUUGAAUUGGGGGCCGCGUUUCAUGAAGGACAGAAAACCAUUUAAAUUGGAAAAGACGCUGAUGGUGUAUAAUUUCUUUCAAGUUUUGUUGAGUAUAUGGAUGGUAUAUGAGGGCGUUGUUAUUUGGCAAUACUACAGUUGGCGUUGUCAGCCUGUUGAUCGCUCCAGAACACCAAAAGCUUAUAGAGAAGCACGUGUAGUCUAUGUCUACUACUUGGCCAAGAUUACUGAACUAUUGGAUACAAUUUUCUUUGUUUUACGUAAAAAUGAACGUCAGGUCACAUUUUUGCAUGUAUAUCACCACACUGUUAUGCCAAUGAUUUCAUGGGGCACCACCAAAUACUUCCCCGGCGGACACGGUACAUUUAUCGGCUGGAUUAAUUCAUUUGUACAUAUUAUUAUGUAUACUUACUACUUCUUAUCCGCAUUUGGACCAAAAGUACAAAAAUAUUUGUGGUGGAAAAAAUAUAUCACAAACUUGCAAAUGAUUCAAUUUUGCAUGGCCUUCAUUCAUCAGACACAAUUGUUGUAUACAGACUGUGGUUAUCCCAGAUGGUCUGUUUGCUUCACAUUGCCCAACGCAGUCUUCUUCUAUUUCCUCUUCAAUGACUUUUACCAGAAAUCAUAUAAGAAAUCAGCAGCUAUCAAAGCAGAAAAAGCUAAAAUGAAGGAACUCAAUAACAACAAUGAUGUUAAUGCCAAAAAUCUUAAUGGACCCACGCCAGCUAUCAGCAAAAUUACCACAGAAGAAAAGAAAGCACUGUAAAGUGUCAAAUCCAUAGUAGAUGUGACAUGAUCUACAUAAUGUAUUAUAUAUAAUAUGUACUUUAAACUACUCAUGGUAUUACUAUGAAGAAUAUUUGCA